AUUUGUUUUACGCAAGAACAUAAUUGAGAAAUUCAUAUAUAAACUAGAAAUAAGUAACAGCAGCUCCUUUCAUCUGGAAGGAAAAAUGACGACGGUGAAGAACAACAUGGUAGGAACAACAGGAGAAGUAGAUCCAGCCACUUCUGAAGUUGCACUGGACAACGGAUCCUCGCGUGGCCCCGGCACAAAUAUUGGGGUUAAUAUCAUGACCGCAUCAUCUUCGGCAACCUCAAGUUCAAGUUCAUCCUCCCGAAUGAUAUUGCCAUCGAAAAAAACAAACCUCGCCGAGCCCCACGACCUGGAACGUGCUUUUUGGAAACGGCAGGAGAGUAGCGAAAAAAAUCCUAGAACAGCUUCACCUGGGAAGAACAAUCGACCUUCACCUGGACCACAACCUCGCGGGUUGUAUCGAGGUAAGACAACCACUUUCCUGCGACUGUUCGCGGAACGGGAAAAGUGGCGAAGUAGUCUGGAAACCAAUGUCCUGAGUCUCUGUCGAGACCUUGUUGAUGGUUCUCCUGCUCCACCUCCCAAGCUGCAGGGAACAUCAAAUAUGUCAUCUUCUUGCGCGUCCUCGACUUCCAAUUCCAUAUCCACCCUCCGGAUCUUCCUGUUGCAAGCCAUAGCCUGGCUGCCUUGGAUGCGCGCGGAGACGAGCGAAGCGGGUAUUCUUUCUUGUUCGUCUGCCGAUAAUUUUAAUUCCCAAGACGAGGCGCUCGAAGGGUGCGUGCAGAGGUUACGCCGGUUCGCCAUGGAGGUGGUUUUUCCGAAACUUGUGCUGCGAUCGGAACUACAAGCGAAAUUGUGUGGAACCACGUCAAAUAGGGAUGAAAGUGCAAGAACGCUAGACGUCCUCGCCGGAACAUCAGUUCUGGAAGAAAUGAUUUCGAGCCCACUCGACAACCUGCUUCUGAAUACGUUUUUACCUCCGACACCUUCCGACGACAAAUCAAGAACGACGGCACUGUGCUCACCGGGCGUCGAAGCUGGAGAACCUCCCGAUGUGGCUGCGGGUGCUGGCAGUGGUGAUCUAACGAAGAGAGCACCGACAGAUGAAAGUGCUGCUGAAGGUGCGCCACGAGUUGUACCACUGCGCGCUUGUUCCACCGAACAAGAAGCUGUUGCGGAAGAUGCACCGAAAAUAAACGACACAAAAAAUGAAUCUUCCGUCGAGGCACGCCCUACACCGGCGAAGCUCCUUGGCGAGCAGGCUGAAAAUUAUACGGAGCCACAGGAAGUGGAUGCCGAGCUGGAGCAGCAAAAUCCGCUCUCUGCGGAAGACCUUUUUGUUGACCUUCAAGACGAGGUAGAUGAUGGAAGUAAAAACUCUGCGCCGGCCAAUAUCGAACCAGAAGCAAGGCAACUUCGAGAACCAGGGACAACAAGUGAGUUGGUCAAGGAACUGGAGCAGGAAAAUACUUUUGCGCCAGAAUCUACUGCCACCGGUGCUUCAAAAGCAAGAGAGGAUGGUACGAUAUUGGGCUGCAAAGAAGGAAGUCCUGUAGCUCUUCCAAGCCCGCGAGGACACGACACGCCCGAAAUUGUACCUGUAGAUGAACAAGAAAAGAUAUCGAGACUGGAGCAAGUGCAAAGAGCAUCGACGGAACAACAAGCGGUCGCUGGAUCUAGUACUUUGGGAAGUUCUCGCGUAGAGCAUCACCAGGGGGAAGAGCGACAGGUAGCCGAACCUUGUUUUUCGGCGCCGGAGGAUAGGUGUCUGCAUGGAAAUGGAGAACGAGGCGACGCCGCUAUCGGUAUCGUCGCGACGGAAAAUAAACUGGCUGCUCAAGCUCGUGCGGAAAAUGAUUCCGUGAGGUCACCUUCCGAAACGGUGGCUGCUUCUUUGAGCCGCGACGUCGCCGACACUGCUGAAACAAGACACGAUAAAAUGAAUACCAAUACUAUCGAACAAGUCCAACCUAUUUCACCAGAACAGGAAGAGACACGACGAACACCGCUUGCACGGCAUCAAGAAGCGGCGACAUCACCCAAAAUCGAAACGUCAGAACCACCUCCCGCGGCCUUGAUCGAAGAAGGCUUUUAUAAGCACGACGUCGAAGAAGUAGGGGAAAAUCAGAAACAAGAGGGACUAGAUGAACUACAACCACAAUCGCCACCUUUCCCGCCAAUAAACACAACUACAAAUACUACUUCUCCGCCGCCCAGCCCCGCCGUGCGGUCCUCCCGGAGUAGUUCCGCAGCCGGUGCUGGUUCGGCUGCCGGCUAUCGGUCCGGGGAGGAUUUCAUUGCGGACGAUGACUUGGCCAAUUUCGCCUUCAGCGCCAGCGAAGUGGAAGAAGCAGUGGAAUUUGACAGAGGUCAUGGGGAACAAGAAAAGUGCAGUAACGACGACGGGCUGCUGCAGUCAGGGGAACCUGCACUGAAAAAGGCGAAAGUGGAGAUCGAAGAAAAUGUCGAGGAAAAAGGUUCUAGUAAAGCCCCUGUUGUACUAGUCCCCGAGAACAACAACCAGCAGCAUGGUCAACCGGGACUGCAAGUCCCUGAGGACGACGCUGGGAAGCGGGAACAAAAAUUCAGCUUCACAGCCUUCACGUACUAGAAACGCAGACGGGAUGAAUAGCAGGGUCGUAUCAGAAGUAUCAAGCGAGCUGCGAAUUUUGAUUUCCGCACGACCAGAUGAACCAAGUGUUUUUAACAGUAGUUACAGUGCGGAGACGAGUCAGUUGUUGGUUCUGAAAAUAUGUAUGAAACCUCAGUAGAAGUACGUGGUCAGUGCGAAUUUGCGCUGCCAGAGUGACAACAGUAAAAAGAUUAUGUGCUGUUGAAAAGG